AGAAACAUGAAGGUCUUCUUCUUCUUCUUGCUCUUCUUCUCCUUGUGCGUUGAAUUCAGCAGAGGACAGAAAGAAAUAACCGAAGUCAAUGUCGGUGUUGUAACAGAUGUGGGAACUUCAUACUCAGAUGUUGCCAUGCUCUGCAUCAACAUGUCUCUAGCCGAUUUCUACUCUUCUCGUCCCCAAUUCCAGACAAGGCUUGUUGUCAACAUCGGCGACUCCAGAAACGACGUCCUUGGUGCCGCUGCUGCAGCUCUUGAACUGAUAAAGAUUAAGAAAGUGAAAGCGAUAUUGGGACCAUGGACAUCUAUGCAAGCUCAUUUCUUGAUCGAGAUUGGCCAAAAAUCCCAGGUGCCGAUUGUUUCCUACUCUGCAACAAGUCCGUUUCUUACUUCUCUUCGUAGUCCAUACUUCUUUCGUGCUACGUACGAAGACUCUUCUCAAGUAAACGCCAUAAAAGCUAUCAUCAAGUUGUUUGGAUGGAGAGAAGUCGUGCCUGUUUACAUUGACAACACCUUUGGAGAAGGUAUAAUGCCUCGUCUCACUGAUGCAUUACAAGAGAUAAACGUUCGCAUACCAUACAGGUCUGUUAUCGCUCUCAAUGCCACGGAUCAUGUAAUCUCCAUGGAGCUUCUUAAGAUGAUGACAAACCCCACAAGAGUGUUCAUUGUCCACAUGUACUCGACUCUUGCAUCCAGAUUCUUCAUUAAAGCCAAGGAGAUUGGUUUGAUGAAACCGGGCUAUGUCUAGAUCCUUGCCAAUGGAGUUACUGAUGACUUAAGGUCGAUUAAUGAAACUGGUAUCAAGGCUAUGGAGGGCGUCUUAUGUGUCAAAAUAUUCAGAAAUCCAAAGAUCUAGACAAGUUUAGAUAUCGAUGGAGGAAGAGA